CUCUGUUUUAGAACAGUGUGUCCCUGGCCAUGAGCCUGACCAAUACCGGUGUUUAUUUUACUAAACAGAUACGGUCGAGAUAAAGAGUUGUCGCCGUAUGGGGAAAAACUUGAACGCGCAUUUUAUGCACCUUCAGCGUCCCAGGACAUCGAGCUUGGAAUAAAUAAACGACUUAUGUAAACGCGGCCUUUUUGGUUGCGUCUACUUGGAUAAGUGAACUGAAGCUUAUCAACACCGUGUCUGACGUUGAUGGAUGCCUUGAAAUAGGACUGGGAAAGGCUUCAAAUUGCCAAUCCGAAAUUGGCUAAAGUCGGUGUUUAACAGAAACCUACAGAUCCGGUCUCCGUGAACCGUUAUUCUACUUGAGGUUCUGAUAAAGUAACCCAAAAUACAAUGGCAGCAACUGCCCGGCGAAUACCGAUGGGUGUGCGGACAUUCAGUGAGUUUUUGGAGAUUGCUGUCGGCUCUGGGCGUUCACCAUGUCACACUGCGGGGUCAAGAGAACAUAUGACACAGACUAUCAGACACUUGUCGUCAUGUGGUAUUGUAAUGACUAGGACUCCCAGAGUGCUUUGCCAUCAGCAGAAUUGGGACACAAUGACAUCAGUUCCCCACAGCAGAACCUUCAUGGGGUUCACAAAUAAGAGAAAGGAGUACUCUGAGCGAAGGAUACUGGGGUACUCUAUGCUGGAGAUGUAUGAUGUGGUAGCCAACGUGGAUGACUACAAACUCUUUGUCCCCUGGUGUAAGAAGUCCCAGACCAUCAUGAAGAGGGCAGGCCACUCCAAAGCUCAGCUAGAGGUGGGAUUCCCACCCAUCGUAGAGCGAUACACAUCCAUGAUCAGCGUGGUGCGACCCCACAUGGUCAAAGCGGUGUGCACAGAUGGAACACUUUUUAACCACCUGGAGACGAUAUGGCGCUUCAGUCCUGGAAUCCCUGGUUAUCCCCGCACCUGCACUGUGGACGUUUCGAUCUCGUUUGAGUUCCGCUCCUUGCUCCACUCUCAGUUAGCAACUGUGUUUUUUGACGAGGUGGUAAAGAAAAAUGUGUCUGCCUUCGAGCGCCGGGCCGGCACGCUCUACGGCCCACAGACACGCGUCCCACGGGAGUUAAUGUUCCAUGAGGUACACCAAACGUGAGGUCCAUCUGCCAUUGUGUGCCCUUGUCCCAAAACAGCCUGCACCUUCACCCUGGCUGUUCCCUGUAUCACCUAGCUGGACCUGCAUGACACUACACCACCAACCAUCUCCAUUGCCACCCAGGUGCCAUUAGCCUGGUCCCAGAACUGUUUGUGCCAUCUUGACAACUCCUAGGGUCACACUGGCGUGAGACAGCACUUCUGAGAUCUUGGACCAUCUGGGACCAGGCUAAGAUGCCACUUCGUGCAACCUCACAUCAGAGUAAGGACCAAGCAAUCAGUGUGGGCAAUCAGCCCAGCUAAACACCCUUCACAACUAGUUGAAAGUCCCAUAUCUUAGCCUGGAUCAUGUCUUGUAAAAAUCUGCCAUCUACCUCCUCACAAGGGUUAAUCUUCAAUGUUGCAUUGGUGCUUGUGCACAAUUUAAAUAGAAGAAUCCUUCUUCCAAAUCUAGUUGUAAAACAAAAAAGCCACUACACAUAUUGGAACAGAUUUAAUGUAUUGCUGUGUAAGCGUGAGUGAACAGGACACAAUAUUGAGUCAACCAAUGACAUGGUCCAUUUUGAGUCUGUCAUACAGUAUGUCUGUUGAUGCUUCAGAUUGUUGAAGAAUGGAUGCAGGUGCACUCCACUUACCUGCCACAUUAAAGUCGUACAUUCAUGUCAAAUUAAUUUAUCUUAGAAAUAUAUUUUAAAUGUACAGUAUUGCUUAUACCAAUAAGUGCUUCUUUAAAAUGUAUUUGUUUUGAAGUUAUUGAUUAUAAAUAUACACUGAGUAUACAAAACAUUAGGAACACCUACUCUUUCCAUGAGAGUUUUCACCUGGUCAGUCUAUGAUCCCUUAUUGAUGGAACCUGUUAAAUUCACUUCAAUCAGUGUAGAUGAAGGGGAGGAGAGAGGUUAAAGAAUGAUUUUUAAGCCUUGAGACAAUUGAAACAUGGAUUGUGUAUGUGUGUCAUUCAGAGGGUGAAUGGGCAAGACAAAAAAGUGAAGUGCCUUUGAACGGGGUAUGGUAGUAGGUACACCAGUUGGUGUCAAGAACUGCAACACUGCUGGGUUUUUCACACUCAAGUUUCCGUGUGUAUCGAGAAUGGUCCACCAACCCAAGGACAUCCAGCCAACUUGACACAACUGUGGGAAGCAUCGGAGUCAACAUGGGCCAGCAUCCCUGUGGAAUGCUUUUGACAUCUUGUAGAGUCCAUGCCCUGACAAAUUGAGUCUGUUCUGAGGGCAAAGGGGGGGUUGGGGGGUGCAACUCAAUAUUAGGAAGGUGUUCCUAAUAUGUUAUAAUUGUGUGUGUGUGUACAGUCGUGGCCAAAAGUUUUGAGAAUGUCUUUCAAAGUCUGCUGCCUCAGUUUGUAUGAUGGCAAUUUGCAUAUACUCCAGAAUGUUAUGAAGAGUGAUCAGAUUAAUUGAAAAUGAACUGAAACCCCAAAAAACAUUUCCACUGCAUUUCAGCCCUGCCACAACAAGACCAGCUGACAUGUCAGUGAUUCUCUCGUUAACACAGGUGUGAGUGUUGACGAGGACAAGGCUGGAGAUCACUCUGUCAUUCUGAUUGAGUUUGAAUAACAUACUGGAAGCUUCAAAAGGAGGAUGGUGCUUGGAAUCAUUGUUCUUCCUCUGUCAAUCAUGGUUACCUGCAAGGAAACACGUGCCGUCAUCAUUGCUUUGCACAAAAAGGGCUUCACAAGCAAGGAUAUUGUUGCCAGUAAGAUUGCACCCUAAUCAACCAUUUAUCGGAUCAUCAAGAACUUCAAAGAGAGCGGUUCAAUUGUUGUGAAGAAGGCUUCAGGGUGCCCAAGAAAGUCCAGCAAGCGCCAGAACCGUCUCCUAAAGUUGAUUCAGCUGUGGGAUUGGGGCACUACCAGUACUGAGCGAAUGGCAGGUGUGGGUGCAUCUGCACGCACAGUGAGGCAAAGACUUUGAGGAUGGCUUGGUGUCAAGAAGGGCAGCAAAGAAGCCACUUCUCUCCAGGAAAAACAUCAGGGACAGACUGAUAUUCUGCAAAAAGGUACAGGGAUUGGACUGCUGAGGACUGGGGUAAAGCAAUUUUCUCUGAUGAAUCCCCUUUCCGAUUGUUUGGGGCAUCCGGGAAAAAAAGCAAAGCCGGAGAAAACAAGGUGUGCGCUGCCAUCAGUCCUGUGUCAUGUCAAAAGUAAAGCAUCCCGAGACCAUUCAUAUGUGGGGUUACUUCUCAGCCAAGGGAGUGGGCUCACUUACAAUUUUGCCUAAGAACACAGCCAUGACUAAAGAAUGGUACCAACACAUCCUCCGAGAGCAAUUUCUCCCAACCAUCCAGGAACAGUUUAGUGAUGAACAAUGCCUUUUCCAGCAUGAUGGAGUACAUUGCCAUAAGGCAAAAGUGAUUACGAAAUGGCUCGGGGAACAAAACAUCAAUAUUUUGGGUCCAGUGCCAGGAAACUCCCCAGACCUUUAAUCCCAUUGACAACUUGUGGUCAAUCCUCAAGAGGCGGGUGGACAAACAAAACCCCACAAAUUCUGACAAACUCCAAACAUUGACUAUACAAGAAUGGGCUGCCAUCAGUCAGGAUGUGGCCCAGAAGUUAAUUGACAGCAUGCCAGGGCGGAUUGCUUGUCUUGAAAAAGAAGGGUCAAAAACGGCAAAUAUUGACUCUUUGCAUCAACUUCAUGUAAUUGUCAAUAAGCCGUUGACACUUAUGAAUUGCUUGUAAUUUACUUCAGUAUUCCAUAGUAACAUCUGACAAAAAUGUCUUAAGACACUGAAGCAGCAAACUGUGGAAAUUAAUAUUUGUGUUAUUUUCAAAACUUUUGACCACGACUGUAUUGUGGUCACAUAGAAAUGUCCUUUUCUUUAUGUCCAUUUAAAAUGGCAUCAAAUUGAUCAGAAAUACAGUGUUGACAUUGUUAAUGUUGUAACUGACUAUUGUAGCUAGACAUAUAGGCAGAGUUGCAAAGAAAAAGCCAAAUCUCAAACUGGUCAAUAAAAAGAUUAAGAUGAGCAAAAGAACAAACACUGGACAGAGGAACUCUGCCUAGAAGGCCAGCAUCCCAGAGUUGCCUCUUCACUGUUGAUGUUGAGACUGGUGUUUUGCGGUACUAUUUAAUGAAGCUGCCAGUUGAGGACUUGUAAGGCGCCUGUUUCUCAAACUAAACACUCUAAAAUACUUGUCCUCUUGCUCAGUUGUGCACCGGGGCCUCCCAUCCCUCUUUCUAUUCUGGUUAGAGACAGUUUGCACUGUUCUGUGAAGGGAAUAGUACACACCGUUGUACGAGAUCUUCAGUUUGACAAUUUCUCAACUAGUCUAAAGAAGGCCAGUAUUAUUGCUUAUUUAAUCAGGACGACAGUUUUCAGCUGUGCUAACAUAUUUGCAAAAGUGUGCCAUGUGCCAUUGGAACACAUGAGUGAUGGUUGCUGAUAAUGAGCCUCUAGAUAUUUUUGCUGAUAAUGGCCUCUAGAUAUUCCAUAAAAAAUCUGACAAUAGUCAUUUACAACAUUAACAAUGUCUACACUGUAUUUCUGAUCAAUUUGAUGUUUUUAAUGGACAAAAGUGUUUUCCUUUCAAAAACAAGGACAUUUCUAAGUGACCCCAAACUUUUGAACGGUAAUGUGUGUGUGUGUGUGUGUGUGUGUAAUUAAUAUAUAUAUAUGUGUAUAUGUAUACAUACAUACAGUUGAAGUCAGAAGUUUACAUACCUUAGCCAAAUACAUUUAAACUCAGUUUUAAAGAAUUCCUGACAUUUAAUCCUAGUAAAAAUUCCUUGUCUUGGGUCAGUUAGGAUCACCACUUUAUUUUAAGAAUGUGAAAUGUCAGAAUAAUAGUGGGGAGAAUGAUUUAUUUCAGCUUUUAUUUUUUUCAUCACAUUCCCAGUGGGUCAGAAGUUUACACACACUCAAUUAGUAUUUGGUAGCAUUGCCUUUUAAAUUGUUUAACGUGGGUCAAACGUUUCAGGUAGCCUUCCACAAGCUCCCACAAUAAGUUGGGUGAAUUUUGGCCCAUUCCUCCUGACAUAGCCGGUGUAACUGAGUCAGGUUUGUAGGCCUUCUUGCUCGCACACGCUUUAUCAGUUCUGCCCACAAAUGUUCUAUAGGAUUGAGGUCAGGGCUUUGUGAUGGCCAUCAAAUUCCUUGACUUUGUUGUCCUUAAGCCAUUUUGCUACAACUUUGGAAUUGUGCUUGGGGGUAAUUGUCCAUUUGGAAGACCCAUUUGCGAGCAAGCUUUUUUUUCACCUUUAUUUAACCAGGUAGGCAAGUUGAGAACAAGUUCUCAUUUACAAUUGCGACCUGGCCAAGAUAAAUAAAGCAGUUCGACACAUACAACGACACAGAGUUACACAUGGAGUAAAACAAACAUACAGUCAAUAAUACAGUAUCAACAAGUCUAUAUACGAUGUGAGCAAAUGAGGUGAGAUAAGGGAGGUAAAGGCAAAAGGCCAUGGUGGCAAAGUAAAUACAAUAUAGCAAGUAAAACACUGGAAUGGUAGAUUUGCAAUGGAAGAAUGUGCAAAGUAGAAAUAAAAAUAAUGGGGUGCAAAGGAGCAAAAUAAAUAAAAUUAAAUACAGUAGGGAAAGAGGUAGUUGUUUGGGCUAAAAUAUAGGUGGGCUAUGUACAGGUGCAGUAAUCUGUGAGCUGCUCUGACAGUUGGUGCUUAAAGCUAGUGAGGGAGAUGUGUUUCCAGUUUCAGAAAUUUUUGUAGUUCGUUCCAGUCAUUGGCAGCAGAGAACUGGAAGGAGAGGCGGCCAAAGAAAGAAUUGGUUUUGGGGGUGACUAGAGAGAUAUACCUGCUGGAGCGUGUGCUACAUGUGGGAGAUGCUAUGGUGACCAGCGAGCUGAGAUAAGGGGGGACUUUACCUAGCAGGGUCUUGUAGAUGACAUGGAGCCAGUGGGUUUGGCGACGAGUAUGAAGCAAGGGCCAGCUAACGAGAGCGUACAGAUCGCAAUGGUGGGUAGUAUAUGGGGCUUUGGUGACAAAACAGAUUGCACUGUGAUAGACUGCAUCCAAUUUGUUGAGUAGGGUAUUGGAGGCUAUUUUGUAAAUGACAUCGCCAAAGUCGAGGAUUGGUAGGAUGGUCAGUUUUACAAGGGUAUGUUUGGCAGCAUGAGUGAAGGAUGCUUUGUUGCGAAAUAGGAAGCCAAUUCUAGAUUGAACUUUGGAUUGGAGAUGUUUGGUAUGGGUCUGGAAGGAGAGUUUACAGUCUAACCAGACACCUAAGUAUUUGUAGUUGUCCACGUAUUCUAAAUCAGAGCCAUCCAGAGUAGUGAUGUUGGACAGGUGGGUAGGAGCGGGUAGCGAUCGGUUGAAGAGCAUGCAUUUAGUUUUACUUGUAUUUAAGAGCAAUUGGAGGCCACGGAAGGAGAGUUGUAUUGCAUUGAAGCUUGCCUGGAGGGUUGUUAACAGUGUCCGAAGAAGGGCCAGAAGUAUACAGAAUGGUGUCGUCUGCGUAGAGGUGGAUCAGAGACUCACCAGCAGCAAGAGCGACCUCAUUGAUGUAUACAGAGAAGAGUCGGUCCAAGAAUUGAACCCGGUGGCACCCCCAUAGAGACUGCCAGAGGUCCGGACAGCAGACCCUCCGAUUUGACACACUGAACUCUAUCAGAGAAGUAGUUGGUGAACCAGGCGAGGCAAUCAUUUGAGAAACCAAGGCUGUCGAGUCUGCCGAUGUGGUGAUUGACAGAGUCGAAAGCCUUGGCCAGAUCAAUGAACACGGCUGCACAGUAAUGUUUCUUAUCGAUGGCGGUUAAGAUAUCGUUUAGGACCUUGAGCGUGGCUGAGGUGCCCCAUGACCAGCUCUGAAACCAGAUUGCAUAGCAGAGAAGGUAUGGUGAGAUUCGAAAUGGUCGGUAAUCUGUUUGUUGACUUUGCUUUCGAAGACCUUAGAAAGGCAUGGUAGGAUAGAUAGUCUGUAGCAGUUUGGGUCAAGAGUGUCCCCCCCUUUGAAGAGGGGGAUGACCGCAGCUGCUUUCCAAUCUUUGGGAAUCUCAGACGACAUGAAAGAGAGGUUGAACAGGCUGGUAAUAGGGGUGGCAACAAUUUAGGCAGAUAUUUUUAGAAAGAAAGGGUCCAGAUUGUCUAGCCCGGCUGAUUUGUAGGGGUCCAGAUUUUGCAGCUCUUUCAGAACAUCAGCUGAACGGUUUUGGGAGAAGGAGAAAUGGGGAAGGCUUGGGCGAGUUGCUGUGGGGGGUGCAAUUUAAAUAAAUAAAUUGUCCAAUUGUCUAUUCUGAUAGCAGCCGAUAAGACAGCUAACGGUUAGCAGGCCGCAGAUGGGUGUUCAGGUAACGUCACGACGGAGGAGCCAGCCGGAUAACUCCUUCGGGUAGAUAACGUCGGCAGUCCAGUUAUGAAGGCCCGGUGGGGCUCUGCGUAGGCAGUAAAACGGGUCCGGAUAGGUGACUGCAGCCCAGGAGUGAUUGAUGGAACUCUUCAGCUGGCUAGCUCCGGAAUAAUUGAUGUUUGCUCCGGAAUCGACGAAAACCGAUAGUCACACGGAUAGCAGCUAGCUAGCUGUGAGAUCCAGGUAUGAAUAUCCAGAGUUAGUGGUAGAAAUCCAGGGACAUGGAGAGAAAUUGGUCCGGUAUGUUCCGUUCUGAGCCGAGCCGUGCCGUACAAAACUGUUGAUAGAUUUUCGAGCUAAAGGAUAGCUGAUGACCACAAACCAUGGUAGCUGAAUACUAACGAUUUGCCAGUAAAGAAGCUAACUGGCUUCUGACCUAGCUUCUGGAUUAGCUUCUGGCUAGCUUCAGGCUAGUUUCUGGCUAGCUUCUUGGAGGAUUACAGAUUUGAGGUAAAUAAUACUUUUUUAUAAAUAUAAAUUGGUGAGGCGGGUUGCAGGAGAGUGUUUUGAAGAUGAGUUUAUGGAAAAUUUAUAAAAAUUAUGAAAAAAAAGUUGUGUAUAUAUAUAUAUAUAUAUAUAUAUAUAUAUAUAUAUAUAUAUAUGUGUGUGUGUGUGUGUGUGUGUAUGUAUAUAUAUAUAUAUGUGUAUGUGUGUGUGUGUAUAUAUAUAUAUAUAUAUAUAUGUGUGUGUGUGUGUGUGUAUAUAUAUAUAUAUGUGUGUGUAUAUGUGUGUGUGUGUGUAUGUAUGUAUGUAUGUAUGUAUGUAUGUAUAUAUGUAUGUGUGUGUAUAUAUGUGUAUGGGACAAGACGAGGACAAAAGACGUCUAAACUGCUAUGCCAUCAUGGAUGUAUAUGCUUUAACUUCCUGACUGAUGUCUUUGAGACGUUACUUAAAUAUAUCCACAUAAUUUUCCUCCCUCAUGAUGCCAUCCAUUUUGUGAAGUGCACCAGUCCCUCCUGCAGCAAAGCACCCCCACAACAUGAUGCUGCCACCCCUGUGCUUCACGGUUGGGAUGGUGUUCUUUGGCUUGCAAGCCUCCCCCUUUUUCCUCUAAACAGAACGAUGGUCAUUAUGGACAAACAGUUCUAUUUUUGAUUUAUCAAAGUAGAUGUUCUGACUUGCCAAAACUAUAGUUUGUUAACAAGAAAUUUGUGGAGUGGUUGCAAAACGAGUUAACGACUGCAACCUCAGUGUAUGUAAACUUCCGACUUCAACUGUGUGUGUGUGUGUAUAUCAACACACAGUACAUGUCAAAAGUUGACACACCUACUCAUUUGCAGGUUUUUCUUUAUUUUUAUUAAUAGUAAAGACAUCACAAUUAUGAAAUAACACAUAUGGAAUCAUGUAGUAACCAAAAGUGUUAAACAAAUCAAAAUAUAUUUUUUAUUUGAGAUUCUUCAAAGUAGCCACCCUUUGCCUUGAUGACAGCUUUGCACAUUCUUGGAAUUCUCUCAACCAGCUUCACCUGUAAUGCUUUUUCAACAGUUUUGAAGGAGUUCCCACAUAUGGUUAGCACUUCUUGGCUCCUUCUCCUUCACUCUGCGUUCCAACUAAUCCCAAACCAUCUCAAUUGGGUUGAGGUCGGUUGAUUGUGGAGGCCAGGUCAUCUGAUGCAGCACUAUCAUUCUCCUUGGUCAAAUAGCCCUUACACAUCCUGCAGGUGUGUUGGGUCAUUGUCCUGUUGAAAAACAAAUGAUAGUCCCACUAAGAGCAAACCAGAGGUGAUGGCGUAUCGCUGCAGAAUGCUGUGGUAGCCAUGCUGGUUAAGUGUGCUUUGAAUGCUAAAUAAAUCACGAACAGUGGCACCAGCAAAUAACCAUCACACCUCCUCCAUGCUUCGCAGUGGGAACCACACAUGCAGAGAUCAUCCAUUCAUCUACUCUGCGUCUCACAGACACAGCGGCUGGAACCAAAACUCUCACAUUUGGACUCAUCAGCCCGAAGUACAGAUCUCCUUCAGUCUAAUGUCCAAUGCGUAUGCUUCUUGGCCCAAGCAAGUCUCUCUUCUUAUUAUUGGUGUCCUGUUUAGUAGUGGUUUCUUUGCAGAAAUUCAACCAUUUAGGCCUGAUUCGCGGAGUCUCCUCUGAACAGUUGUUGAGAUGUCUGUUUCCUGUGGCGGUCCUCAAGAGAGCCAGUUUCUUCAUAGCGCUUGAUAGGUUUUAUGACUGCACUUGAAGAAACUUUAAAUUUUCCAAAUGGACUGUCGUUUCUCUUUGCUUAUUUGAGCUGUUCUUGCCAUAAUAUGGACUUGGUAUUUUACCAAAUAGGGCUAUCUUUUGUAUACCACCCCUACCUUGUCACAACAACUGAUUGGCUCAAAUGCAUGAAAAAGGAAAGAAAUUCCACAUUAACGUUUUACAAGGCACACUUAUUACUUGAAAUGUAUUCCAGAUUACUAUCUCAUGAAGUUGGUUGAGAGAAUGCCAAGAGUGUGCAAAGCUGUCAUCAAUGCAAAGGGUGGCUACUUUGAAGAAACUCAAUAUUUUGAUUUGUUUAACACUGAUUACAUGAUCCCAUGUGUUAUUUCAUAGUGUUGAAGUCUUUACUAUUAUUCUAUAAUGUAGAAAAUUUAUUUAUAAAGAAAAACCCUGGAAUGUGUAGGUGUGUCAACUUUUGACUGGUACUGUUGAGAUAUAUAAAAUAGCUUUUCUUCACUUUUGUGUGUGCAGAAAGAAUGUUGUUCAAGUGCUUUAUUUUUCUUGGAGAAAAAAAAGGUUUUAAAUGUAGUCUGCGCCUUUUAAAUGUUGAGCUUGUAUGUAAAUAUGGAGAAAAGGAGCUUUGUCUAUGCUGUGAAAAUUCUAUAAAGUGUGUCAAGAUGGCUGUGUCAAGACAAGCUACCGAGUGUGUUCAUAAAUUAGACAAGACAAAGUUAUUUUAUUGCAGUAUUUAUGCUUGAAAGAUAUGGCUACUUGUGUAGGAUGUUUUCUUUUGAAUUGUAUUUGUUGGGUUUGCCUACGUUUUAAUGGGAAAACAUGCACAUAUUUUAGUUGUGUAAUAAAGGACUAUGAUGGUGGAAUUUACUCUAGGGAGGUCAUGAAAGGUUAACAUAGGAAGCUAUUUUAAGUGUCUUUUAGAUUCAAUACUAUUCUUUUGUUCUCAUGCAAGACUCCCAAGACUUAACCACUGUCGCAAUACUUCAAAUCAACUUCUUUUGUAUUUUUUUUAUGUUCAAAAGCAACCAAUAAGUUGCUAGUGGUCAUCCAGUUUGAUGUAACAGUAUUGCACCUCUAGCCUUCCUAAGAACUGCUGUAUUCAUUGCUUUUCAUUUUCCGUCGGGUGUUGACAUAUGGCAAUUGUAUUUCUGUGCAUGAUGUGUAUUGUAAAUAAAGAUAGGUGGAAUUGUGAA